GUUGCUAUAGCGACGACGCUUCAACACAGACGCUCUGAGUAGCAGAGACACUGGAACAUGCCUCGGGUGAAAACUUGAAAUAUUUAAGGACUAAUACAUUAAACUAUACUAACCAUACGCGUGCUGUAUUGAAAAGUGAAACGGUUAGUGUGCUGUCAAAGGUUUCUACCCACAGUGAGUCACUGAAAGCCUCAGGUAGGUUAACAGUUAUUCCCAGCUGUGUUCAAUGAGCUGUAACGUAAAGUACCGAAACUUAACGUUGGCUAGCUUUCUCACUUUUAAUGGAGGUUUGUCCGACACUUUAGUAGAAGUUACGUUUCUGAAACAUGAUUUGGCUGAGUCCCAGUUAGGAAUAAUGCGUCUUUAUAUGAACCCCUUUCUUAUAAAUGCUGCGGAAUUACGUUGAUUAAAAGCAACGUCAGUGUUGGAUGAAGUUAGCUUCUUAGCUCGAUACAGCUGUUAUCAUUGAGGGUGCGUGAGGAGGAGAAACUACAGCAGCGAGAAAACAGGGAAGGAGGGACUCUGGCAAAGGGGGCAGGAGGAAGCCACGAGAAAGAAGAAGAAGAAGAAUAAGAAGCAUGAAUUUAAAUGAAUUUGUGGUGCUUCCUAACAACAAGGCCAAAUCUGUCAAGCUCAAUGCCAGGAACCUGCUAGACCUGCAGAUGCACACAGCAACUCUGACCCAGGAGAGCGAAGAGAUGGAGGAGAAACUGCAACACCUCAAAGAGAGAAUGAGUAAAGAGAAGGAGGAGAGAGGGAGUUCUGCAGGAUUUAGAUGGAAGUCUGGACAGUGCGGUUCUUCAAACAGCACAAACAACACCACUAAGAGCAAGGACAACAGACUACAAAAGCUGUCAGCAGGCAAGGUGAAUAUAAGAGUGCUGAAGGAUGAACCACUGACAGUAACACCUCAACCACCGCUUCCGAUACAACCCCCUACCAUCGGUCGACAGACGACAAGAAAAAACAGACGGAGAGGAAAAUUCUGCGGACAGUGCGAAGUCAAGACUGCAGGAGUGAUGUGCGCUGAAUGCACAGAGGACUACUGCAUCGGCUGCUUUACCAAAUUCCACCAGAAGGGGGCACUGAAGCUCCACAGGAUUAUCCCCAUUCAGACAGACCUUCACACCCAUGUGAGCACUCGAGAUGUUGUCAGCUGUGUCCAGAAACAGGAGGCUAGGGCUAAACCUAUGCAAUUGCAUCAUGGUGGUCAGGUUUUGUCGGCAAACCUUAAAAAGAAAAAGGAGAAAAUAAUGGAAGAGAGGCCAAAAAGUGAUCAUAAGAAGGAAUGCACUGACUCUCUUCUUAGAGGGGAGUACAAUGAAGACGAGUCUGCAAGAUCCUUCCAAGAGGCUCUCAGACAGUGGAGAAAAGAGAAGGGUGAUGUUGCAGGGAAAACCACGAGUGAGGAGGCGAUGUGGAUGCCUGUCCGACCAGUAUCAGUGUCAGCCACAGCGACCCAGACUGACCUGGCUCCAGACAGGAGAACUGAAGGACGAGGAAGAGGAGAGGGAGCAGUGAUGGUACCUGUCAGGGUGGAGUUCACAGAGAACAGUCUUACCUACAUGGACAGAUUGCUUCUCAAGAAGCAUCGCAGAACACCUGUUGAAACUUCUCGUCCAUUAUUGGCCUUUGGUUCAGAUAUAAAGUCACCACCUAACACAAACACUGAAGAGGAGACUACAAGCAGCCUUACAGUUGAGGAGGAGGAUUUCCGGCACUACUUUGCAUCAUUGUUUGCUGUCCCUGUCAGCAAGGGCAGGACUGAGCCUCAGAUGACCACACCUGAGUCAUGCCUUACCAUAGAAGUCCUGAAUGAGAGAGACGGAGACAAAGAUGGAGACAAAGUUGGAGACAAAGAUGGAGACAAAGUUGGAGCGUUCAAUCCAGAACAAAGAUGUCCCUUUGGUCAGCAAGUCCUCAAUAAUGGAGACAAAAAAGUGACCCAGACAGCCAGAGCAUCGUCCUCUAAAAAUAAGCCAUCAUCAUGCCCCACUGCUGCGACUCCAAGGACUACAAAGGAAUCAAUCAAGACACCAACCUCAAAGUCACAAAAGCAUUAUUGCCCCCCCACUGUCCAUAAAUCAAAACCUGACCGUGGAUCACAACAACUUUUGUCCUCUCUCUCAUUACCACUUUGUCAAAAUGAGAUCCCUAAAUCCUCACACUUUUCCAGCCCUUUCCUGUGUGAUGUCUCUCCUUUGGCUAGUGCCACACCGCCAAUCCCAGAGGACCCACUUCCUCCCCCGUCUCCUUCCAUACCUUUCUCUCUUAGGUCCACAUUCACAGUGUCACCAUCAAGCUCCACUGAAUCACCCUUGCUGCCCAGACUUUACCAAUUGACUACAUUACAAAAUGGCUCGGUCUCAUCUCUGUUACCAGAACAAUCCCAAUCUUCCCAGUUAUUUCCACAGCCAAUAUCAUCAGUGAGGCUUUCCCAAUCACCCCAAAGCAAUCUGCAGCCCCAAAGGCAAUCCCAACAUUCCCUCUAUGACCCUGAGAUUCUCUUUUCACUUAAUGAGCUUCAGCUGACUCCAUCACCUGUGCCUCCCAGUCCAAACCUGGCGCCAAGACCUCUGGAAGCAAGUCCAGCUUCAAGAGCCUGUGCAUAUUCUAGUCAUAGAUCAACUCCAACAAAUGAGGAUACUCCAGUUUUGAUGAAUCUUACCCCAGUCUCUAGUGACCAUGAUUCAACUAUAUCACAGAAGGAUGUGCAGUGUAUUCAUUCACUUUCAUCACAUCACAUAGAUGUCAUGCAACAUUCUUCCAUAGCCGUGAAAAUGGAGGAGGAAGAGGAGCUAUCGAUAGACAGUGGAGAUGAAAUGUCCAGUGAUAGCCUUGGUCUGGCUCCACAUGAGGAGGACACUUCAGACGAAGAGUCUGAAGAAUUGCACAUGCACGGACAUUUAAUGAGAGGGAGAUGCAGAGAAGGAGAGCAAAGGAAUCCUGCCAUAUCUCAUCCAGAUGAUCCCCUUGUUGAUGCAGAGAAAGAAGAACAGCUGUCAGAACCAUGGAUGGUGAUGCACAAGCAGAGUGUUGGGUCUGGAUCAGAGCAGUUCUAUGAUCUGGAUGGGUUCCUGCCUCUGGGUUUGGACAUGAAUCCUGGUCACUGCGAUGCACCAGAGCACACACACUGUGACUCACUGCGCACGAGCCAAACUUCAGUGUGUGAUCCAGAACUUACAGGGUCAGACGAUUUUGGGCCAAGCAGCAUCCUUACUCCCUACCCUGAGGAACACCUGGUUAUCAGACUGAUGAAGGACAACCACAUGCAGCCAACUGGAAUUAAAAUUCACUCAGCCACACCCACCAGGAGAGGAGAAAUAUCAGCAACUGAACUAGGAACAUCUGUUUUUGGUCCAGCGUUGCGCCCAUUUUCCUGGGCGGCCAAGGAGAUCAUGGAGAUCUGUAAUGUGGACAAGACCGGUUGUGAGGACCCUGACCUGGACAUUGACACAGCUUCACAUACACUCCAAAGUCUAGAGCAGGAGCUCAAACUCCUGACCAAAGGGAAGCAGGACCCAAUACUUGUCUCAGGAAACAUUGGAAAUACUUGUUCCACACGGGGCAGAGUCAGCGAAGAACAAAAGGAUGAGGAGACAGCUGCACAGAGAGACCGGCAGAGUGUCCUCUUACUACCCUGAGAUAAACACACACACAUGCUCAUGAACACAUGUGACUCUACAAGAAAGACAUGACCAGGAUGAAAGAUCGUAGAUGCAUUGUAGUGAAAUUAUUAAGCAUGCAACACAAUGUAAACAAUUCAUAUUUAAUCUAAAUAAAAAGGGGACGACUGUGUCCAUGUUUCUGGA